CGCGACGGGCUGGCUCCCGGGCCCUGGGAGGAGGAGGCGGCAGCGGAGGUACCUCGGGAGGAGGAGGAGCCGCUGCCACCACCGCCGCCGCCACCGCCACCGCCGAGGGCUUCUUGUUCCGCCGCCGCGCUGCCGGGAGGGGAGGGGUGGCCGCGCCGCGCCCCCGCGCCCCCGCGCCCCGCGAUGCCGCUCUUCGCUACCAACCCCUUCGACCAGGAUGUGGAGAAAGCAACCAGUGAGAUGAACACUGCAGAGGACUGGGGCCUCAUCUUAGACAUCUGUGAUAAAGUUGGGCAGUCACGCACAGGGCCUAAAGACUGUCUCCGUUCUAUUAUGAAGAGAGUGAACCAUAAAGAUCCCCAUGUUGCUAUGCAAGCAUUAACACUUCUAGGAGCAUGUGUGUCAAACUGUGGUAAAAUCUUUCAUUUAGAAGUCUGUUCAAGAGAUUUUGCCAGUGAAGUAAGCAAUGUGUUGAAUAAGGGUCAUCCAAAAGUUUGUGAAAAGCUGAAAGCCCUUAUGGUGGAAUGGACUGAUGAAUUCAAGAAUGACCCACAGCUUAGUUUAAUAUCUGCUAUGAUAAAAAAUCUUAAGGAGCAAGGAGUUACUUUCCCAGCUAUUGGUUCACAGGCUGCUGAACAGGCAAAAGCAAGUCCAGCUCUAGUUGCCAAAGAUCCUGGUACAGUAGCCAACAAAAAGGAAGAGGAGGAUUUAGCUAAAGCUAUUGAACUGUCAUUAAAAGAGCAAAGGCAACAGCAAACAACGCUUUCCAGUUUGUAUCCGAGCACCUCAAGCCUUUUAACAAAUCACAAACACGAAGGCCGAAAGGUUCGUGCAAUCUAUGAUUUUGAGGCUGCUGAAGACAAUGAAUUAACUUUUAAAGCUGGAGAACUUAUAACUAUCCUUGAUGACAGUGAUCCAAAUUGGUGGAAAGGUGAAACUCAUCAGGGUGUAGGAUUGUUUCCAUCUAAUUUUGUAACAGCUGAUCUCUCUGCUGAGCCAGAAAUGAUGAAAGCUGAGAAGAAAACAGUGCAGUUCAGUGAUGAAGUUCAAGUAGAGACAAUAGAACCUGAGCCUGAACCAGUUUAUAUUGAUGAAGAUAAAAUGGAUCAACUCUUGCAGAUGUUACAAAGUGCGGAUCCGUCUGAUGACCAGCCAGACCUCCCAGAAUUGCUUCAUCUUGAGGCAAUGUGCCACCAGAUGGGACCUCUCAUAGAUGAAAAGUUGGAAGAUAUAGACAGGAAACAUUCAGAACUUUCAGAGCUCAAUGUUAAAGCAAUGGAGGCUCUUUCUUUGUAUAACAAAUUGAUGAAUGAAGACCCGAUGUAUUCCAUGUAUGCAAAACUACAAAACCCACAGUAUUAUAUGCAGUCGUCUGGUGUUUCUGGCUCUCAGGUUUAUCCGGGGCAACCUCAGACUAAUGCGUAUUUGGUGGCCGGGAGUGCACAGAUGGGCCAUAUUCAAGGCUAUAGUCUUCCUCCUGAACAGCUCUCUUCUCUCAGCCAAGGCACAGUUACUCCAUCUGCCAGCUCUGUACCGCCUGGUCAGCCUGCACAGGCGUCUUACACAAACGCAAUGGUUGGCUCUGUUGCUGGAAAUACUUACUCAAACCAGGCUUCAGUGUAUAGCCCACCACCUGCUACUGUUGAUGUUGCUGCUUAUCAGAAUGCUGGAACUAAUAUGUCCCAGGUGCCAAACUAUAACUUAGCAUCUACACCUCUGCCACAGACAGCAGGCAGUCAACAAGCACCUCCACAACAACCGCAGCCUCCGCCACCUCAACAGCCACAGCAUAGUUACUCACAGAAGGCUCUACUAUAGGAUCCAGGACUUCUGAUUCCUAAUCUUAUUUAACCUCUGCUAAAGGCAGUUGGCAAUUCUAUGAGUUUCUUCCUUUAAUCUCUUAAACUUUGUUUAUCCUCAGCUUAAUAAGAUUCUUAUCUUGGUGAACAAGUUCAAUUUGCACUGACUUUUUAGGAUUUUUUUGUUUUUAAUUUUGCAGAGGAAUGGGUAUAUUUAGGACAUUUAAUUCCUUUUAAAAUGCCUAAAAAUUGGUACAAGAUUAUUUAUGUCUGGUAAAAUUGGCUAGUCUGUGAAAACUCAACACUUGCAAACUGUUGUGGCAUAUAUGUUAUGUACAUAUAGUUUGUGAUUGCAGUAGUGGCCAUUUCGUAUAGCUAUGGUGAUCAUGUGAAUAUAUUUAACACAAUGUUUAAAAAUAAUUUACUUUACUAUUUUAUUUUAAUCAUGAACUGACAACCAUGUUUCAUAGUUUUGUCUAGUUUUAUGACACAUGUGGUGUCUUUUUCCAAUGCAGGAAAAGCUGUAAUUCUGCAUAUCAUGGUUACACUUACAGGCUAAGCUCUAUACAUGAAUUUACAAACUUAUCUGAGUCUAGGUUUCAUUACUUCUUGAAUUGAACACAAGUGUAUCAUGACUAUUAGAUGGCUUAUCUACCAAAGUAAACUAGUUAACUAGUAAGCGAUUUGAGGGGAUAACAGCAAAUUAUGAUUCUGCUUAAGAUAUAAUUAAUAACUUAAAACUACUAUUCAGAGGCUGCUAAGCAUAUCAUGGGACCAUGCAACAGAUCAGGAUCUUGCAUUUUAUCAUGAGAAGCAUGUAAUUUAUUUUUUCCAAGUUGUUUUUUACAAUGAGAACCAGAACUGUAUUCUAUGUGUGUUGGUAGAGAUUACACCAAAGACAGAGGAAUUGAGUUGGAGGAGAAAUGAUGGAGUUUUAAACUGGAACACACAACACGAAUAACACUAUUCAAGUCUUCUUGAUUAAAACAUGGAGAAUUAUGGACAUUUAAAUCACUUUGCUGAACAAACCUUCAGGGCUUUAUUUUAUCUCUUGUGGCCUUGCUUAGCAAUUUGUUCUGUUUACUGUUCUUACACAAACACUUCUGCCUUAAACAUCUGUUUCGAUUUCCAGUUGUACCAUUUGAGUUUAUUAGCCCUUCUACAGUAUGAGUAGUUUAUGAGGCAUCUUAUUUUCAUUCACUUUCAGGUUACUUUGAAUUCACUUCUGCAGCAACAUGCAUUAGCCUUUUUUAAACCCUUGCAUUUCUCAGUAACUUAACCAGGCGGCUCUUUAAGGCAUGAUACUUUCUUUCUACAGCUGAGGUGCUGCAAAAGGAAUAUGAUGAUGGAAGGCAGCAUUUUAGAUAUGCCCGAUCAGAGUUUCUCCUACAGAGACUGCUGUUACUUUGCAUUUGUGUUCAGUCUAUUCAUGCAUCCUGGUUUCCUCUUAUCUUUUCCAGCUACUCUAAUUCCAGUUAGAGCAAUACUACGUGGCUUCAACAUCAGAUCUGUGUUUUCAGUCUCAUUAGUGUGUAUGUCAGAAAUUGUUCCCUUUUGUGCACUAUAUUUUAGUGUGAUGCUUCUGGAAUUAAAUGUUGCAAUUGUACGCUAUACUAUAAGCUGACCUCAGUUAUCCCAUGCACUCCUGCACCUGUUCACAGUUACCUAACAUGUCUUUGUUCCACUAUUUUAAUAGACAUUGGUAUUUUGCCUGUUAAUGCUUUCAGAUGACUGCUUUGCAUAACUUCUAACUGGGGUGGUUACAAAACGUGCCCAUAGCUGAUGUGUUCCAGUUGGGGAUGUUCUAGCCAGCUGGCUGUUUUGAUACUAGUAUUUUCAUGUAAUUUUUUUUCUCCAGAAUUCUUAAGCACCCUCGCAAGCUGUCAUUACUUCAGUUCUUGGUGUCAUCACAAAAAUCUGUGGAAUUUGAAAGGAAAUACUAAAAAAAAAAAAAAAAGAAUUCAAGAUAUAGAUCAUUUUUCAUAGAUCGUAGAGGUGAUUUUCUUUGUAAAAGGCAUGUAGUAUCAUUUAGAUAGUGUUGUCUGUAUGCUUUUUAGGUACCUUAUUCCAAAAUCAGAGAAACAAUUUGUAUAGAAGUGUAUCAUUUCUACACAAAAGUGAAAAUAACUUUUUACUCCGUAGUUCUUAGGCCAUGAUUCAAGGAGGAGCUUGAAGCAUGAAAGUAGUCCGGCUGACAUUUGCUAUUUGCAUUCUUAGGUUUUCACACAUUGUCACAUGUUCCCUGUCGAACUUCUGUACAGAAAUGACUCAGCAAAGAUACUUUUGUUACUAAUUUGUCUUUGUUUUUACAAUUUUUGAAGUCUUCUUUCCUUAACACGCAGAAAUGCUGUUCCUGGUUUCUCCUUUGAACACUGAAAACUUAUGUGUAUGUUAAGUUUUUCUGCCUUCCAGCAUAGUUAUAUUGGGCAUUUAUCCAUCUUUAAGAAAAUUAAAAUCACCUUUCAUUUGUAUUCAUCGUGACCAAAAAACACUUUCUAAAAUGCAAUGCCACUAUAAAUUCAGUAUAAUAAAAGUUUUGAAAAAAAAGAUGGACACUUUUUAUUUUCCUUCAUGCCUUUAUUAGAGUCACUGCUCUAAGGUAUCUCCUGUAACAAAUUGUGAAUUUUAGUUGACUUAAAUCAGUUUUCAUUGUCCACAACUGAUGCAGUUCCUGUUACAUCCUACCUUUUCUGUUUCAGAUGCAAUUUUCAGAUUAAAUUGAAUUUGGAACUGUA